AUGUCACACUCAUUCGAGGCACUUGAGGGUCAAUACCAAUAUUAUAAUUGCUUUGUUUCGCAAUGCAAAGAGUCCCAAACAAAUAAUAUUAGCGUUCGUCUGUCUUUCCUUGAGAAUGCUCCAUCCUACGACUCAAAUCCGCAUUUUGCUAUGGAGAUUGCAGGUGAAUCUUCUUAUGGUUCUCAGGACUGGCGAUCUGAGAGCAUGUACUGCUAUAACAUUGGGAGAGAAAUAAUUACUUUUUUACAAGAAAAUCACAAUAACCCUGCGGACCGUAGAACUUUCAAAGUUUCCCCGACUUACCACGUUUUCAAACCCGUCAACGAUGAUCCACGACCCAUCCUUCUAGUCGGUCUCUUAAAUGGUGAAAUUCAAUUGAUCAGUCCAGUUCAAAAAGAUAUUCUCAAAAUUUUCAAUGAAGAGGUAUGCAUUUUCCAAAAUAACUUCAUUUUCCAAUCAUUGCAGAAGUCAAUCGAUAAAACCCCAGUAACGUGCAUCAGUUGGGUUCCGGGUUCCCCCAACCAAUUCUUGGCGACUCAUUCCAGUGGUCAUAUGUACCUUUAUGAUGAAAAACUACCACCCAACGCCACACCUCCGACCUAUGAGUUAUUCAAAGAGGGAUCUGGUUUUUCUGUUUACACUUGCAAAGCCAAAUCGACCAGGAAUCCUCUGUAUCGCUGGAUCUUUGGAACUCGAAGUGGCGCUGCGAGUAGCAGUAAUUCUUUAGUACACCAAAGCGAUUCUAUUCGGAUAAACAAACUCUCGCCACAGCUGGAUAACGGCUUCCAUCCUAAACUGGCCGUAGCAGAAUUAAGGAAUGAUCUUCUCGGCAGUAACAUGUCGCAAACAAAUCUUUAUUCUGUGAAUGAUGAUACUGCUUCAGUGAAUCAGAUUGCGUUUUCGCCUUGCGGGAAAUAUCUAGCUUUAGUGACUGAAGAUGGUUAUUUGCGGGUGCUUGAAUAUCACACCAUGGAACUGUACGUAAGUUUGCGACCAAAUAUUUCUUUCACCCAAGUGAAACACUUUUACCGUUUAUCAUCACUGAUUUUUAAGAUAUCAUGA